GCGGGCGUCUGCCUUCCUUCAUCUGCCUUCUCUCUCCUCACGUUCUCCUGCAGUUUUCCCUCCGUUAUCUCUCAGCUCACCCACACCUAGCCUCCGAGUUUUGUUGCCCGCCGCCCCGCGCUGCUCUCUGCAGUAUUGUGUCUUCGCGCUUUCAUCCUCUGUUUGCCUCAGUUUCCCUUGAGGAAGCAGGCACAGGAGUCUCUGCAGAAUGGCAACUGCUCAGAAGCAAAGGAGUUCUGUGAGUGCAGUUGUAUUUCCCAAGAAAAUAGCCACGGAGCAGCAAUCCCUGAUGCUGGUGAAGAGGCUCCUGGCAGUGGCAGUGUCCUGCAUCACGUACCUGAGGGGAAUCUUCCCUGAAAGUGCCUAUGGAACCAGAUACAUGGAUGAUGUCUGUGUCAAAAUUCUGCGGGAAGACAAAAACUGUCCUGGCUCUACCCAGCUGGUGAAAUGGAUGUUAGGAUGCUAUGAUGCCUUGCAGAAGAAAUACCUGAGACAGAUUGUCCUAGCAGUCUAUACCCAGACAGAAGAUCCUCAGACAGUCACAGAGUGUUACCACUUCAAGUUCAAGUACACCCACAAUGGGCCACUCCUGGAUUUUGGCAGCAAGGACAAGAAGUCAGACUCCACCAUCACCUGUGCAGACACCAAGAAGGCCAGCAUCCUCCUCAUCCGCAAGAUCUACAUCCUGAUGCAGAACCUGAGCCCCCUGCCCAACGAUGUCUGCCUCACCAUGAAACUCCUGUACUAUGAUGAGGUUACACCCCCUGAUUACCAACCUCCAGGGUUCAAGGAGGCCAAGGACGAGGGGCUGCUCUUUAAGGAGGAGCCCAUGUACCUGAACGUGGGGGAAGUGCCAACACCUUUUCAUCUGCUGAAACUGAAAAUUACAACUGAGAAACAGCGCAUGGAGAAUGUUGAUAAGAGCAUCCUAAAGCAGAGAGAGACUGCUGAGCCUCUCCAGGUGUGUGGAGUGAGCAGAGAUGACCCAGAAGAAGAGAGCCAGGACAUGAAUGAGGAUCCUGUCUUGGAUAAUGAAGUGGAAGAUAAGAAUCAUGUGAAUAUUUCAGAAGCUCCAGAAAAGAAUUCAACUCAUGAAGAGGAAGCUGGAUGGAUCCAGACUCCCCCCCAUGUUUCCAAUCCUCAGGUUGAUCAUUUGACCCAUAAAACGUCUGAGCUGAUUGUGUCAGAGAGCAGGACAAGAAGUGGAAAGAUAUUCCAAAGCUGCAUUGUGCACCAGGCUGAGCUCUCCUCCAGCCAGGAGGUGCUGCCCAAAAGGAGGAAGCUCAGCGAGCCCAAGGAGCAGUUUUAGUUGCCCAAAAGGAGGAAGCUCAGCGAGCCCAAGGAGCAGUUUUAGCUGCCCAAAAGGAGGAAGCUCAGCGAGCCCAAGGAGCCGUUUUAGUUGCCCAUCUCCCGCUGUCCCAAGUUCUCCACUCCUGUUUGGUUGUUCCACGAGACUGUUGGGUUUGAAGGAUCUGUUCUGCUCCAUUAGCAGUCCCAUGGCAGUGUGUUUUUAAGGAAGGAAAAUGUCAGGAAGCCCAGCUGAAGGAUUCCAAACUCAUUUUGUACAGGACCAUCAGGCAGGAUCAGAAAUCCUUGGAUUUGGGGGUUUGUGGGUUGGCUCCAGGUCCCGAUGGUGCUGGAGGAAAUUCAUCCCCCCAGCACAAGCUUUCACCAGUGCCUCUGGGCUCUAGUUCUGAGCUGAGGACCUGCCUGCCCCAAAACUCUGCAGUUUUGGGAUGAUUUCCAGAGGGUUGGGCUGUCAGUUACAGGCUGUUACAGUUUUGAGGUUACAGUUUUUGCUUUUCCUACCGGGACAGUUGGAGGAGGAGUUGGAUGCUUUGCAUUUCUUCCAGAGCAGAAGCACCAUCCUCAGGUGAAGAACAAGCCCUCUUCACACCUUAAAUUCCAGACUCCCUGCCAGAUGCAGGGAUUUUGGCAUCCAUGCCACGAGGAGCCACGGCAGCGUCUGUUCCAAGGUGUGGGAGCGCUGGGGGCACUGGCUGUCCCUAGAAGGGUUUAUGGCGGGGGUGGGACGCGGGCCCGAGCCCUCCUGCACCCCAAACCGUUCCGUGGUAGGGGAUGGGAGUGGAGCCGUUCCCGCCGGCGCGGCCGGGGACAGCUGAACGUGUCUUGACGGUUUUGACUUUUAAAUUAACAAUGUCCGUUCAUCAUCA